GUCGGAACGAAACCGGGCGUGAAGACACGGGCUCUAGAGAGGUGAAAGUGGAGCAGUGAGGACUUGGGCUCCUAAGAGGCAGAAGCGGGACGGCGAAGACCCAGGCUCCUAAGGCUUCAGAAACAGAGCAACGAAGACUUAGGUUCCUGAAGGGCAGAAGCAGGCAGAGAAGACUUGAGUUUGGGAGAGAACAGAAGACUGGGGCUUCUAUGGGGACGGGAUCGGGCUUAGAGACUCCCGAGUUCCUGAGGAAACGGGCUGUGAGGACACGGCUCCUAAAACACGGAAAAUUUGAUUGGCCUUGGUCCUUACAGCCCCAAAAAGAAACAGGAUCUUGAUAAGCUCUAUGAGCUGAAAUCCAAAGCUCGGCAGAUUAUGAACCAGUUUGGCCCCUCAGCACUAAUCAACCUCUCCAAUUUCUCAUCUAUAAAACCGGAACCAGCCAGUACCCCUCCACAAGGCUCCAUGGCCAAUAGCACUACAGUGGUAAAAAUUCCAGGCACUCCUGGGACAGGAGGUCGUCUUAGCCCUGAAAACAAUCAGGUAUUGACCAAGAAGAAACUACAAGACUUAGUAAGAGAAGUGGAUCCAAAUGAGCAGUUGGAUGAAGAUGUAGAGGAGAUGCUGCUGCAGAUUGCUGAUGAUUUUAUUGAGAGUGUGGUGACAGCAGCCUGCCAGCUUGCUCGGCAUCGCAAGUCCAGCACUCUGGAGGUGAAAGAUGUCCAGCUGCAUCUAGAACGCCAGUGGAACAUGUGGAUCCCAGGAUUUGGCUCUGAAGAAAUACGACCCUACAAAAAAGCUUGCACCACAGAAGCUCAUAAACAGAGAAUGGCAUUGAUCCGGAAAACAACCAAGAAAUAACACAUGGAAAGGUCAGGGAAUGGACAACAAUGUAUUUGGAGAUACUUGAGCUGAGAUUUCAGCCAUCUCAUCCUUGGAAUUUUUUUUUUAAAUGCUUUACAGAGAAGCAUAUAUUUUUUAUUAACAGUGCAGCAAUAUCUAUAAUGACUGAGAGGAUCUGCCAAAAGAAUAAAGCCUCCUACCCUUACUUCCGAUCCCUUUUCCCUGCCAUCUCAAAGAGGAGCAGUGUAUCUUCCAGAGAAGAUUUUAUUUGUGGUUUAUUAUAUAAGUGAUUGAAUAUGGGACAAAGCAUUAUGGUCUUGUUGGGUGAGACAGUAUUAGCAGGAUUUGUAGAGAGUUUUGUUUCCUCCUCCCUUCCCCCUUUCCCUGUACUUUGUAAUGUCAGUGUUUAUAUGAAUAUGAAUUUGAUUUGCUUUUCCAGAAUAAAGAAGUUAUUAAUCGAAAGCCACAAGGUGUGUGGCUUACAAGCCUUUGAAAUGCCAGAGGAAGUCAGGGGGAAGAGCAGGACUGGACCAGGCUCUCGACAGCAGGGGGCAGCACUGGUGUCAGUUUCUGCACUGGAGAAACACUCAGGGAUUUUCCAUUGUUUUACUCCAAGGGAGGGUGGACACCAUCAGUAGGAGUUUGAAUUCACUUUCUCUUCCAUCAGGCGUGGUGAAUUCUAACAAGCCACACAAUAAAUAGGCAUCCUGGUUUUGGCGAUG